AUGGAGCUGCCUACGAUGUCAACUGGCGUUUUGGAUGACCUCUACCCGUUCAUCCCUUACAAUGACACCUUUCUGGAGGAGCCGGUGGGACUCCUGUCAAACAGGAGCCAAAACACCGUACCCAACACUAUGAAAAGCGCCUCUGGUAUAAUUAUUGCCAUCUCCAUAACGGCGCUUUACUCCGUGAUCUGCGUAGUCGGACUACUCGGGAAUAUUCUAGUCAUGUAUGGUGUAGUCAGGUAUACAAAAAUGAAGACAGCAACCAAUAUCUACAUCUUCAACCUGGCCCUAGCUGAUGCUUUAGCCACCAGCACACUGCCCUUCCAGAGUGCUAAGUACCUUAUGAACACUUGGCCUUUUGGGGAGCUCCUGUGUAAGCUGGUUAUCGCCAUAGACUAUUACAACAUGUUUACCAGCAUCUUUACUCUGACUAUGAUGAGCGUGGACCGUUAUGUGGCUGUAUGUCACCCUGUGAGAGCCUUAGACUUCCGAACCCCUGCGAAGGCCAAGAUGAUCAACGUUUGCGUCUGGAUUCUGUCUUCAGCCAUAGGGGUCCCAAUAAUGGUCAUGGCAGUCACCAAAGUGACAGACACAGGCAAAGUUGUCUGCAUGCUGAAGUUCCCAGAUCCGGACUGGUACUGGGACACCGUGACCAAGAUUUGUGUAUUUAUCUUUGCCUUCGUGGUGCCAGUCUUAGUCAUCACCAUCUGCUAUGGCCUGAUGAUCCUUCGCUUGAAGAGCGUUCGCCUGCUGUCUGGCUCCAAGGAGAAGGACAGGAACCUACGACGCAUAACCCGUAUGGUUCUAGUGGUGGUAGCAGCUUUUAUCAUCUGCUGGACACCCAUCCACAUCUUCAUCAUCAUCAAGACCCUGAUAGAAAUCGACCAGAAGAAUCCACUUGUCAUUGCCAGCUGGCACCUGUGUAUUGCUCUGGGCUAUAUGAAUAGUAGCCUGAACCCAGUUCUUUAUGCCUUUCUGGAUGAGAAUUUCAAGAGGUGCUUCAGGGAUUUCUGCCUGCCUUUCCGCUCUCGCAUGGAGCAGAACAGCUUCUCCAGAGCCCGCAACGCCACACGAGAGCCCAUCUCAGUAUGCGCUGCUUCAGAGUCUGUGAAAAAGCCCGUAUGA